GGUCGUAAAGUAAAGAAAUUUAGAGUGAGUCGCCUUGCUAACUUCGCUGCUCCACUAACUAAUUCAGUUUCCGUUCUCUUUUCAAUUCACUGUCUUUUCCUCUCUCGCUCUACACGUUGUCCAUGGUGCAAUGGCAUCUUUGGUUUCGCAAAUGGUUUCUCCAUUGGAAAGUGGACACAAGGUUUGGGAAGAUCAGACUUUUAUAAAGUGGAGAAAAAGAGAUCCUCAUGUCACUUUGCACUGUCAUGAAUCUGUUGAAGGAUCUCUUAGAUACUGGUAUCAGCGCAAUAAAGUGGAUGUAUUGGUAUCCAAGUCUGCUGUUUGGAAUGAUGAUGCUGUUCAAGCUGCUCUUGAUUCUGCUGCAUUUUGGGUUAAGGACUUGCCUUUUGUUAAGUCUUUGUCUGGCUUCUGGAAAUUUUUCCUGGCUCCCGGUCCUACGAGUGUUCCUGCCAAAUUUUAUGACCCUUCAUUUCAGGACUCGGAGUGGAAAAAUUUGCCUGUACCUUCAAAUUGGCAGAUGCAUGGAUUUGACCGACCCAUUUAUACAAAUGUGGUAUAUCCAUUCCCACUUGAUCCUCCUUAUGUUCCUGAGGAUAAUCCUACUGGCUGCUACAGAACAUACUUCCAGAUUCCUAAAGAAUGGCAGGGCCGCAGGAUUUUGCUGCACUUUGAAGCUGUGGAUUCUGCAUUCUGUGCUUGGAUUAAUGGAAUCCCUGUGGGAUAUAGUCAGGAUAGUAGGCUACCUGCAGAAUUUGAAAUCACGAAUUACUGUUAUCCAUGUAAUUCGGGAAAAGACAAUGUUCUGGCUGUUCAAGUUCUUAGAUGGUGUGAUGGGUCAUAUCUUGAAGAUCAAGAUCACUGGUGGCUCUCUGGUAUCCAUCGUGAUGUGCUUCUUCUAGCCAAGCCACAGGUAUUUAUUGCGGACUACUUUUUCAAAUCAAACCUGACUGAAAAUUUCACUUCUGCAGAUAUACAGGUUGAAGUGAAAAUAGAUAGCUCUCGAGAAACUCCUAAAGACAAAAUUUUUACCAACUUCACUGUAGAAGCUGCAUUAUAUGACCCUGGAAGCUGGUAUAACAAUGAUGGAUAUGCUGAUCUGCUUUCCUCCACUGCAGCUGACAUGAAGCUCACUCCCUCCUUUGAUGCAAUUUUGGGAUUUCUUGGUUAUGUUCUUGUGGGAAAACUAGAGAAGCCAAAGCUUUGGUCCGCAGAGCAGCCAAAGCUGUACAUUCUUGUUCUCACCCUCAAAGAUGCAUCUGGACAUGUUGUUGACUGUGAAUCAUGCCUAGUAGGCAUAAGACAAGUAUCAAAGGCACAUAAACAAAUGCUUGUUAAUGGUCAAGCAGUCAUAAUAAGAGGUGUGAACAGACAUGAACAUCAUCCACGUGUUGGGAAGACAAACAUAGAGUCCUGUAUGGUUAAGGAUCUGGUUCUAAUGAAGCAAAACAACAUCAAUGCUGUGAGAAACAGUCAUUACCCUCAGCAUCCCCGAUGGUAUGAGCUGUGUGAUCUUUUUGGCAUGUACAUGAUAGAUGAAGCCAACAUUGAGACACAUGGUUUUCAUCUUUGCGGACAUCUAAAGCAUCCUACUUUGGAAGAAAGUUGGGCUACUGCAAUGGUUGAUCGUGUGAUAGGGAUGGUGGAGAGGGACAAAAAUCAUGCAUGCAUAAUUUCAUGGUCCUUAGGAAAUGAGUCGUCAUAUGGACCUAACCAUUCUGCGGCUGCUGGUUGGAUUCGUGGAAAGGAUACCUCUCGGUUAUUGCACUAUGAAGGAGGUGGAUCUAGAACUACAUCUACAGACGUCAUAUGCCCCAUGUAUAUGCGUAUUUGGGAUAUAGUGAAGAUUGCAAACGAUCCAACAGAAUCACGCCCUUUGAUAUUGUGCGAGUAUUCACAUGCUAUGGGAAAUAGCAACGGAAAUAUAGAUGCAUAUUGGGAAGCAAUUGACAGCACAUUUGGUCUCCAAGGAGGUUUCAUCUGGGACUGGGUUGACCAGGGUUUGUUGAAGGAAACUGAAGGUGGUAGUAAGCAUUGGGCAUAUGGAGGUGACUAUGGGGACACCCCCAAUGAUCUGAACUUCUGUCUGAAUGGUAUUACAUGGCCAGAUCGAACUCCGCAUCCUGCAAUGCAUGAAGUCAAGUAUGUCUAUCAACCGAUUAAGGUUUCACUCAAGGAAAACACAAUUAAGAUAUCCAACUCUCAUUUUUUUGAAACAACACAAGGAUUGGAAUUUGGCUGGGCUGUCCAUGGUGAUGGAUGCAAACUUGGUUCUGGAAUUCUAUCACUCCCAGUGAUGAAACCCCAGAGCAGUUAUGACAUAGAAUGGGAGUCAGGUCCAUGGCAUCCUCUGUGGGCUUCAUCUUCUGCGGUAGAAAUUUUUUUAACAAUCACAGCUAAGCUUUUACAUUCAACACGCUGGGUUGAAGCUGGCCAUGUUAUCUCUUCUACACAAGUGCAAUUGCCUCCAAAAAGGGAAAUCCUAUCUUAUGCUAUCAAAGCUACAGAUGCUCCAAUAUUUACUGAAAUUCUUGGGAAUACAGCUAAAGUCAGCCAACAAAAUUUUUGGGAAAUGUCAUUGAAUACUCAAACAGGAACUAUUGAAAGCUGGAAGGUUGAAGGAACUCCUAUUAUGAAUAAAGGCAUCUUUCCAUGCUUCUGGCGAGCACCUACAGAUAAUGAUAAAGGUGGGGAGGAAAAGAGUUAUUACUCUAGAUGGAAAGCAGCUCACAUCGAUAACCUUCAAUUUCAUACAAAAAGCUGUUCUAUACUGAAUACAACUGAUAAUCUUGUGCAAAUAGAGGUGGUUUAUGUUGGCGUUCCAAGGGGCGAGGACAAUUCCUCCUCUUUAUCCCAAGAUCAGAAUGCUUUAUUCAAAGUAGACAUGAUUUACUCAAUUUAUAGUUCUGGGGACUUGGUUAUUAACUGUAAUGUCACUCCAAGCUCUGAUCUUCCACCUUUGCCACGCGUGGGGGUCGAAUUCCACUUGGAAAAAUCAGUGGACCAAAUCAGAUGGUAUGGUAAAGGACCAUUUGAAUGUUAUCCAGAUAGGAAAGCAGCAGCCCAUGUUGGGAUCUAUGAGAAGAAUGUGGGAGACAUGCAUGUUCCUUAUAUUGUUCCUGGGGAAAAUUCUGGUAGGGCAGAUGUUAGAUGGGUUACAUUUCAGGAUAAGAAUGGUAUAGGAAUUUUCGCUUCAAUCUAUGGCAGCUCUCCACCUAUGCAAAUGAGUGCUAGUUACUAUUCUUCAGCGGAACUUGAUCGGGCAACACACAAUGAAGAACUUAUUCAAGGAAAUGAUAUUGAGGUUCAUCUUGAUCACAAACAUAUGGGUUUAGGUGGAGAUGAUAGCUGGACCCCCUGUACCCAUGACAAAUAUCUGGUUCCUGCUGUGCCAUACUCCUUUUCUAUCAGGUUCUGUCCAAUAACUGCAGCCACUUCUGGCCCGCAGAUCUAUGAAUCCCAACUUUAAAACUAGAUCAUCUUUUUUCUAGAAGAUGAGGGUUGUCAUAUGUAAUUAAUGCGACCUGUAUAACGCAUAUAACCUUUUGAUCUAAAACCACUGUACAUGCAUUGAACUUUGAUCAAGUGGUUCAAAUAAAGCCCACUGUUAUUUUCAUCAA